AUGACACGGGCCACAAGUGCGACCAGCGAUCCCUCUUCGGACGCUCGUGCUGCGCACGUCUCGAGCGUCGACGACCUUACAGACACGUCGUCGCGUCCCGAUCGACCGACCAAACUCGGCUCGAGCAGUCUCCUGCAGUCGCGCGUCGGGCGGGACAAGCAACGGUACGACGGGGACACGCGGCUGCUCGUGUGCAUUGUUGUAGUGGGACUGCGUUGUCCGAGAGAGAGCGGCGAGGCCGAGUCGAGGGCGGACACGUGUCUGCUCAUCUCGAGCUCGAAAGACCCGACGCAGUGGAUUUUGCCCAAAGGUGGAUGGGAGACGGACGAGUCGGUCGUCCAAAGUGCUCUGCGGGAAGCCAACGAGGAAGCAGGAGUGGCGGGCCACCUUGUCGGCUCUCUAGGCACGCUCGACUUUGUCAGCCGGCAGGGCACACGCUGUCGCUUCUACGGCGUCACGCUGCAGGCCACGCAGGUCUUUGACGACUGGGCAGAGCCCACGCGCUUGCGCAAGUGGGUCUCGUUUGCGGCCGCGCGGGAGCUACUGCAGCACCGACCAGAGCUUGUGGAGAUGGUAACGCGCGCUGCCGCGACGACGACGAUGCCCCGUGUUGGUAACACACUGGACGUAUGA